GCAGAGCUAUCACAGCUACUACUACACAUGGUUAUAUCAUAAUGUCAAAUAGUAAAAUACUUCUAUAGUGUAACGUUUUUUAGGUUAUUUUGUUUACACUUUACAGUACUGACCUACCUGUGACUAAUAAUUUAUCUGUGUAUAAACUUUAAAAUGGCCCAAGGUAAAAUGAAAUUGAAAAGCAAGCUACCUGAUGGCGCAAAGGUCAAAAAAGGGAAAGGAAAAGCAGUAACCAAACGAAGUAACGCGCCAGUUAAAAGCAAAGAUAAAGUAGUCAAAAAGAAUAAAAUGAAAAAUACAGUGACAAAGAUGGUCAAUGCUGCAGCUGAAAAGCAGUUAAGGGCUCUAGCCACUGGUGCUCCAGAAUUGUCAGCAGCUCAGCAAAGGGUUGCAAAGGCUCCCACAGCACCUACCCCAGCUAAAUAGUAGACAAGCAAAAUAAUGUGUAAUAUAAGGACUUAAGCAUUGUAAAUAAUCUUGUGAGUGUAAAAUUAUAUUCCUAACCAAGAA